UCGUCGAGAUCGAUUCAAUCGAGGAAACGACGCUGUUGAAAACAUUCGUUUAAUGAAAAUGUUUAAUGAGAUCUACACGCUGAUUUUGCACUUUAUUUUGGCAGUUUGUGAAUGAAAGUCACUUUAGAGGGUUUUUAAAGUUGGACCGCAAACAUGGAAGAGAACAGUUUAAUUCUGGAGGGUCUGCCGGAGGAUUUUGACAAAGUAAAAUCCAAAUUAAAUCUUUAUUUUCGAAAUAAAAGAAAGUCAGGCGCUGCGAUCGCGCAGAUUCAAGAACACCCUGAAGACAAACGAAAAGCAAUUCUGAUUUAUAUGAAUGAAGAAGAUCUGAAGAAAGUGCUUGACAAGAAGACUCAUAAGAUUGACUUCAAAUCACAAGGAACUGUUGAAGUGACCGUCAAACUACCAGAAGAAACCAGCAGAAAAAAGACCAAACCAGCAAUCCUGCCCAAACCCAAACCGGAGACCAUAGCUUUCCUCAAGCAAUCACUGCCUGCUCAUGUCCCUCCAGUAAGAAAACAUACAACAAGUCAAAAAGAUGAUGAAGAGGAUUGUGAAAUAUCUGAUCUUCUAAUUACCAGCCAACAGUCCGUUGAUAAGGAAACUCUGCAAAUGUAUGUUGAGCAAUUUGCAGAAAACUUCAAGCUGAGAAAACAUGAAAAUAACAGCUGGAUCCUGAAGCUCAACAACCAGUCAGAUUUCCAGAAGAUUCUUGCCCAAAAAGAGCAUGAGUUUGGUAUAUCUGUAAACGUGUAUAAAGAAGGAGGUCUGGGACAGAAGGUGGACCCUCGGCGCUUCAUCUUGACUGGAUUUGAUGGAAACACCAACUGCAAGAAAAUGUCUGUGUUCAUCGGCAGCUGCAGCAAGACGACAGAACACACAUGGGAGAUGCUGGACGAAGACAGGAUUAUUGUCACCUUCAAACAAGAGAUUGAUGUGAAAUCAUUUGUAAGUAAGUGCACCUCAAGGCCACUGCAGGGUCGAGACAUUGACGUGACCCGUAUGGAACUGACCGAUUCUGUGCUGGUCCAGGGAGAUUUGAGUCAGAUCAGUGAAGACGUUCUCAGCCUUUAUUUCAGCAACAAGAAGAGAAGCAGAGGAGCAGAAAUCAAGUCCUUCAUCUGGAUCAACAGACAAAAGAGUGUGGUCAUCACAUUUGAAGACUGUCAUGUUGCGCAUGAAGUGGUGGAACAAAAGCACAAUGUUUGCGGCACAGAGCUUAAGGUUUCACUGUUCUACUCAAGCUUGCAAAAGGAUUUAUCUGGAGAAAAACCAUCCUUGACUGAUUCCCCCACAAAAACAAAUAUCCCCGUCCAUGCUGACCUGCUUCGUUUCAUUGAGAAGAAUGAGAAAUUUAGAAAACAAUUGGAGAAUAAUGUCAAAUUGCUUCAUUCCAAAGUUCUUCUUGACAGUUCGGCAACACCGAGUGCAUUGGCACUGGAGAUGGAUGUUGACAAAGAGUCUCUGACUGCACUGCGAAUUGGACCCACUUGGGAAACCAAAACAAAGAGGGAAGUCCAAUCCUUUCUGAGCCAGUUUGACACAGAAGAGUUGACCGCUGAGAAAGACGUAUGGGACAGAGUGAAGAAUCACCGUCUCAACACAGAUGAUGCUGCUGUCUCCUACAGGGACUUUAAAGCUGUCAUUGUUGGUGUGAAAGAGGAGGUGACUGUCCUUUCGGAGAAGAUGGGGAAGCUGCUGAAGGACGCUGCUGCUGAGGUGGACGUGGAAAGAAACACUGUUGAUGUGACAAUUCAGCUGGACUGCAAAGAAAAGUUUGACCUCGUGAAAGAAUGUGUACAAUCCAAGCUAGGAGACGUUUCUUUCACGCAUGAUGAGAAUCAGCUCAUCUUUCAUCUUAGCGGUUUGAAGGAUAAAGUAAGUUCAGCUGAGGUGGUCAUCAAGCGGGCACAGGAGAACAUGAUCAAGCACCAGCUGAAGCUCUCUUCUCAUCUUAUUCACUUCCUCAAGUCACUGGAUCUCAAUAUGUUUGAGCAAGAGUAUUUCUCUCCCAACCACAUCCCAGCUAAAUUGAUCAACCUUAAGGAUUGUGUUGGGAUCUUCGUUGAGAAAGAAAACUUGAAGAGAGCUGAAGACAAAAUAAGUGAGAUUAUCAAAGAGGAGGUUAUUCCACUUUCUACCAAACAAACCAGUGAAAACUGGACACACUUUCUCAGGACUCUUCAAGACCAAGUGGAAUUAAGCCACAACGGUCGCAACAUCAGGAUCACACCAUCAGACCAGCAGGUUAUAUUGUGUGGAUUAUCUAGCGUAGUUGCAGAUGCCACCAGAAAAGUGAGAGGAUACCUGGAGAACAAGGAACCGACAACUGAGGAUGUUCCUCUUAAAUCUGUGCGAGAGGUCGAGUUUGUUGACUCUUGCAUGAACCUCUCUGAGCUCCCUCAAAUCAAGUGCCUUGAUGCUACCAUACUUGCAUGCAAAACUUCAAAUUCCCCUGGUCUGAAGGUCACAGCAGCAAAAGACAAGAUUAAAGAGGCGGUGAGUGUCGUAAAGCAGCGGGUGUCAUCCAUUGUUGUGAAGGAGCACCAGUAUUGCAAAGCAGGCGAAGCAAAAGUUCUGGAGAAACAUGAAGCUAACGUGGAGGCAAAAGCAAAGGAGUUCCUGUGCAAUGUGUAUUUAUCACAAGAGCAAGCGGGCAAAUCUGGCCCUCCAAAGAGUUUUACUCACAAAAUAGACAAUUCAAUGACUCUAAGAAUCACACAGGGACACGUGCACCAUUUCACUGCAGAUGCUUUGACUUGCCCAAUGAAUGCCAGUCUGACUUUUGCCAAUCCUGUCGCCAAGCGGUUUCUCCAGUUUGGAGGUGAUCAGAUUACCGAAGUGUGCAGUAAGUACCAGAAAGAAAAGCAGUCCGCCCUGCCAGGGGAUGUGAUUCUCAGUAGCGCUGGAAAACUCAACACCAAGACCCUCCUUUAUGCAGUGUUGCCCAAUAAAGGUCAAGCUCUAGACUCACAUUACCUUCAAUCAGCCGUAUACAACAGUCUGCUGAGAGCCGAGGGGUCCCACUGCACCUCCAUUGGAUUUUCAGCACUUGGUUGUGAAAGCUUCGGAUUCUCUGUCAAAGAAAGUGGCAUCGCACUCCGAGAGGCAAUACUGCAGUUCUGCACCAAUCAACAGCAUUCCCCUGCAAAUAUAAGAGAUAUUUGUGUUGUGGAGUCUGAUGAGAAGAUUGUUGAGGAGUACAACAGCCUGAUUGAGGAACAAGGUUUCCCUGACACUUUCAGUCGCCCAACAAGCACUUCUAAAAGAGUCCCCUCACGAUCCCUAAAGUGUAAACAUGGACCAGACAAGACAGUGCUUAUCAAAGAUGUUUCAAUACUCCUCAAAAAGAGUGACAUCACCAAAGAGAAGGUGGACGUCAUUGUGAACUCCAACAACAUCAGUUUAAAUCUCGACACUGGUGUUUCUGGUGCCAUCUUGAAAGCUGCUGGAAAAACUGUUGCUGCUGAAUGUGCAACGCUAGGUCCUCUGAAAGCUGGUGGCGUAGUUAUGACAAGUGGUGGAGCACUUAAAUGUAAGAACAUCGCCCAAACGGUUGGACCUAAUAAUGCUGCAGACAUCACAUCUUCUCUUGAGAAGGUCUUGAGUCUCUGCGAGGGGAAACGGUCCACAACACUGGCAAUUCCUGCGAUUGGAACCGGACGAGGCGGGAUUGGUGCAAAAGAAUCAAUCACAGCAAUCUUUAUGGCAAUGGAGAAACACUUGACUGCGCAGAACUCGAGCUGCCUCAAGGAGAUCACUAUAGUGACAUUUGAAGAAAAGGUUCAUGACGCCUGUCGGGAAUAUUUCAGGGAGAGGAACAAGGCCUCCACUCACGUCAAGUCUGCUUUUGGCAAAAUGCCUGAAAAUCAAGUCAAAAUUGGAAGUGUCAGAAUUGAGUUGAAGAAAGGUGACAUCACCAUAGAAACUGUCCGAGGGAUUGUGAACACCACCAACAGCGAGAUGAGCCUGAAAGAAGGUGUUUCAGGUGCCAUAUUCAAAGCAGCCGGAUCGUCUGUGGAACAAGAGUGUAAAAACCUCGGCCCAUUGCAGGGUGACGUGGCAGCGGUGACUAGCGGCGGUAACCUGCAGUGUGAUGUCAUCAUUCACAUGAUUGGUCCUCACUCUGCAGCGGAGGUGAGGUCACGUGUGAAGAAAGUUCUGGAACGCUGCGAGGAGAAUCAGAUCACCACCGUUUCCUUCCCUGCUGUUGGCACUGGUGGUGGAGGUGUCAAGAGCGUUGAUGCCAUUGGUGCCAUGCUCCAGGCCUUUGAAGAUCAUUUCAAUCAAAAGACCUCCACUGUGAUCAAGCUCAUCUAUUUAGUGAUCGACCGAGACGAUGUGCUACAAGAGUUCCAACAGGGUCUCAAAACAUGGACCGCAAAUGCACAGGACAGUGAGGAUGAGGAUGAUGAAGAAUCGGACUGUAGUUCAGAUGAAGACAGCGAAUCCUCUGAUCAAGGAGCUGACACAAGCACUAACCCUAUAGAAGCAAUGAUUGGCCCAAUGAAAGUGAAGGUGCUUUGUGGUGACAUCACUAAAGAGACCGUGGACGCGAUUGUCAACAGCACUACGACAAGUCUUGAUUUGAGCUCAGGUGUAUCAGGAGCCAUUCUCAAAGCUGCAGGACAAACCGUUGUAAAUGAGUGCAAAACAAAGGCGCCUCAACCGGCUGAUGGUGUGGUCUUGACCAAAGCCGGAAAUCUUUCAAAUAUCAAAAGUAUUAUCCACAUGGUUGGACAGACCAAUGAGAAAGGCAUCACAAGUUCCACGUACAACGUUCUGAAGAUGUGCGAAGAAAAUCAAAUUCAGUCUGUGUCAUUCCCAGCUCUUGGAACCGGAGCAGGGAACCUGGCAGCAGCUCAAGUGGCCAAUGCAAUGAUUGAAGCGCUCACAAAAUUUGUCAAAGAUUCACCAAAACAUCUGAAACGUGUCAACAUUGUGAUCUUCCAAACGAAAAUGCUGCCAGACUUUCAGGAAGCGUUAAAGAAGUUUAAAAAGAUAUCUCUAAAUGUUUCUGUGCGCAAGUCCAAUGGUCCACCGCCGCUAACAACCCGUGUGCCAAGCAAACCCCCACAGCCACCGCUCAUGUCUCUAGCAACGGAAACAGCUUCUGUAUUGUUCCCCGUUAUGACCGUUGAGGUUUACGGGACGUCCUCCGCUGACCUUGCCAAAGUCAAGAAAUUCCUGGAUGACCUAAUCUCUGACGAGUGCAUCAGUAAAGAUGUCCAGUCGAGUCACAUCGCCGACUUUCCUGAAACUGACAAGAAGAACAUUGUGACUCUCAGCCAAACCAAUCAAGUGAGUGUUCUGCUGGCCGGUUUGGAUAAGUUAACCAUAUCAGGGAAAAAAGACGACGUCUUGGAUGCCGAGCUGAAGAUCAGGAAUUUCAUUCAAGAAGCACGAGACCGAGAGAUCCGAGAAGGUGAGGUGAAGAGACUGAGACAGACUCUCUGCUGGGAGGUGGCGAGAGGAGAGCACUGGAAGUCGCUGGAGCCCAGCGUGAGUUAUGAAGUCGAGCUGGCCUACCACAAGAAACUCCAGAGCUUUCAAUACCGGGAGAACGGAGAGACGUACAUGGUGGACUUCAAAGAGAUGAAGGUGACGAACAGCAAGAGCGAGUCUUGCAGAAUCAAGAGAAGUCUUCAUGGAGAUUCUGAUACGGCGAUCAUUCAGACGCCCCCAACAUGGAGCAAAAUGGAUGGAAAGGAUUUAGAAAUAAUCAUGAUCAAAUCUGAUUCAGAGGAGUACAAGAAGAUACAAACAGACUUCCUGAACUCCAGUAAACAUAAGGAUGUGUCACCUGUGCAGGUUCUACAGAUUGACAGGAUUCAAAGUCAGUCUCAAUGGCACAGAUACUGCGUGCUGAAACAAGCGGUUGAUAAGAAAUAUCCCAAACAACCCAACGAGCACCUCCUCUAUCAUGGAACGACCAAAGACAUCUGCCAAAAAAUCAAUAAGAAUGGCUUCAACAGAAGCUUUUGUGGGAGAAAUGCUGUCGUGCACGGAGACGGCACGUACUUCGCUAAAGAUGCCUGGUACUCAUGUCAUGACCAGUACUCAAACCCAGAUGAUAAAGGACAGAAGUACAUCUACAGAGCGAGAGUCGUGACGGGCUCUCCGUGUAAAAGCAAGCAGGGCAUGAAGGAACCGGACCCGAUCCACCCUCAGGACCCUCAAGCUGGUCUACACGACUGCGCUGUGGAUAACUUACAGGACCCGUUCAUCUUUGUGGUGUUCUGUGAUGCAGGAGCGUAUCCAGAGUAUCUCAUCACCUUCAAGACUGUAUAAGUGUUCUGAUGCAGUCGUAUCGGACGGUUCUGACUGAUACACUUUGAACUUUAAUAACUGAUGGCCAGGGACGAAUGCUGAAUAGAUAUUGUAUUAAUACAGUUAGAGAGAGAUUAGAUUGUAAUAAUUUAUCACAAUUAUAUUACCAUGAACAAAAGUUUUAAGAUGAAUCACUUACUAGGUUAUACAAUGAAGGACUUGCACAUUUAUGUAUUAUCAUGGUGUUUUAGGGUUAGGUCCUCGGAGCGAAGAGGGUUAUUGAGUGCUACUGCAACACUUAUAAAGCCAAAACAACUUGAAAACAGCUAAAUAUGUAUCACUAUAUUAAUUUAUUAACCCUUUAAUCUCUGAAGGUGUUUUUAAAGAUUUCCUGUUUCAGUGAAAUACCCAAAAUUAGAGGCUUAUAACUCGACAACAAACAAGCAGGGUCAAGUGUUUGGUGUCAUUGUAACGAAAACUUCAGAUACAUUUUGAGAGUCUCAGCCUAAGAAACUAAGAGACAAAAGCCAAAAUGUUUCUUUUAUUUAGUUUUCUGAUUUGUCAUUAUAUAUCUCUGGGUGUAAAUCAGGUGUCUCCUAAAAACUGCUUUUGUUUUGUUCUCAAUCAUGUCGACUAUAUCUGAGAUAAAUGUUGUGUUGAUAUGACAAAGCAAUCAAAAGUUCCAACAUUACAAAUAUAAUUGAUCAUAGUGUCCAAAAACAUCUCCAAACAAAUAAAAGAUAAUAAUUGUACAUAAGAACUAAUUACACAUGCAAACACAACAAUGACUAAAGGUUUGCAUAGCAUGCACACAUGAUUUUACUCAUGAGAUUUCACAGAGUGAGUUUCAUUCUGUGUCAUUUGAGUCAUCAUUGAGUCUGUGUCGUGUAUUUGGUGGUCAUAUGUAACAUUGUGCUUCAUGUGGAUUAUCUAAUGAUCUAUACAUCUGAUUAUCUUGUGUGUGGACUCGAUUGAAAGAUAAUCACAGACUCUAAAUAAUCAUAUGUGAUAUUAUAUGUUCUGUUUAUUUUCUAAAUUUAUAAGUAAAUUAAAUAGAUAGAAAGCUAUUUAUUGUUGGACAAUUAUUUGCUUGUUUCUCACGAGCCUGAUGGCAGGGACCAUCUGAUUUUAAAGGGUUAAUUCCCCUCUAUAUGUUCUUGCAAAUAAUGAUAUGCCGUAUUGGUUCUUUUAACAUGAUGUAAUUCCGAGGUCUGGAGUGGUGUUGGUGUAGUGGACUAAAGCACAUAACUGGUAAUCAGAAGGUUGCUGGUUUGAUCCCCACAGUCACCACCAUUGUGUCCUUGAGUAAGGCACUUAACUCCAGGUUGC